AAAACGCCUACAUAUGUUGAAACAUUUGUUGGACUGUUCGGCGACCACGUAGACGACGUCGCAUGUUGCUUCAUAGUUUGCUCCUCCGGUCUGAUUAAACAGCGAUCUUCUUUCAACCCAUGAACUCACCGGAAAAUCCGUUGUCAAUGUCUUCUGCUGUAUCCUGGACUGAGACCUCCGACACCGUCUCCCGUCGCUUUUUCUUUAAUCCCGACGGCCACUUCUCCGUGAAGGUGCUUGACGAUUCGAGACCUAUCGUCCACAAAUUGGCUGAAUCGUUUGUCAAUCAGUUUUUUCCCUCCGGGUUUCCAUAUAGUGUCAAUGAAGGAUACCUUAGAUACACACAAUUUCGGGCGUUACAACAUUUUUCAAGUGCGGCACUAUCCGUGUUAUCAACUCAGUCAUUGUUGUAUGCUGCAGGCUUGAGGCCUACCCCAGCACAAGCAACUGCAGUUAGUUGGAUACUAAAAGACGGAAUGCAGCAUGUGGGAAAGCUAAUAUGUAGCAAUUUAGGGGCACGGAUGGAUUCUGAGCCCAAGCGCUGGAGAGUUUUGGCUGAUGUGCUAUACGACUUGGGAACCGGCCUCGAAAUCUUUUCCCCCUUAUGCCCACCAUUAUUUCUUGAAACGGCUGGCUUAGGGAAUUUUGCAAAGGGAAUGGCUGUAGUUGCCGCAAGAGCAACAAGAUUACCGAUAUAUUCCUCAUUUGCAAAAGAAGGCAAUCUUAGUGAUUUAUUUGCAAAAGGAGAGGCGAUUUCAACUGUGUUUAAUGUGCUUGGAUUAGGUGUCGGGAUUCAGUUAGUCUCUACCGUUUGUUCGUCAAUGCAAGGGAAGUUGGUUGUGGGGCCCGUCCUUUCUAUCAUACAUAUCUAUUGUGUAAGUGAAGAAAUGAGAGCUGCUCCGGUCAACACAUUGAAUCCACAGAGAACUGCAAUGAUUGUAGAAGAGUUCCUAAAGACGGGAAAAGUAUCAAGCCCUGCAGACCUAAGGUACAAAGAAAGUCUUUUAUUUCCCGGGCGGCUCAUAAAAGAUGCUGGAAAUGUUAAAGUCGGUAGAGAUUUACAUAAAGCAAUCAAGCCUUCGAGAUUAAAAGAGCUCAAAGAAAUCUUUCCAAAUGAGAAAUUUCUGUUAAGUUGUGGAAACAGUUGGACAGACAUGGUUCUGGAGCACAACGCUAGCGGUGAAGAUGCGUUAAGAGGAUGGCUGGUGGCGGCAUACGCUAGAGGUGAAGUCUCCGUAUCUGAACGAAAUUUUCAACUGGCGUAUGAGAAGAUGAAAUCGGUGAUGCCUUCACUGCUUCCUGAAUUACAAGCAAAAGGAUGGCAUACCGACCGUUUUCUUGAUGGAAAAGGUAUACGUUUUGGUUUUUAGUUUCGUAAAAGUAUAAAUCGAUUAGUUCUACUUAACCUACCAAUUUUUGGUAAUAAAUUUCUGGAAACAUAACACAUGACCUUUGUUCUUGUUUGGCUUACUAUUUGAACUCAUCCAAUCUUCUCUGGCUUGCUU